UUGUCCAAGGAUCCAACUUUCAAACCCUUUCUUUCCCAAAUUUCAAGCACUCCCGAAAGAAAAGCGAAGCCCAUUCUAUCUGAGGAGGUUCUGGUUGGGUGUUGAACAGAAAUUGAUAUGGAGAAAGCGCUGAGAGUCUAUGGCGGGGUCCUGAGGCUAGUGAGGCUGUUACCAAAGGACACAAGGCCUUACUACGCCAAGUAUGCGCGCGAAAACUUCGUUAACUACAGAGAUGUCGAUGCCAACGAUCCCAAAGCCCUCGAAGAACUCUUCCACCGCGCUUACAAUCACUCUGUCUGGGUCCUCAACAAGUAUUCGGUGGAUCAAUCGGCCGCUGAUAAGCUGAAGGAUAUCUGUCACGCAUAGUGGAUACGAAUAUGUCUGCCAAAUGCUUGCUUCUAUUUCUCAAAGAGCAGCUGCCCAGUACUAUUUUUGAAUUUUCAAACUGAUGUUCUCCUGUUUUCUGACAAAGGGUACCAUUUCUAUUGCAUAAUGUUUUUUUGAACUUGGGUUAGAAAUACUUGUGAUCACUUAACAAUGGUGUUGGAGUGCUGUAUCCGCUAUUGAACUGUUAUAGCUCUGGUUGAUAUGUCUACUAAUCUAAUGCUACAAUAUGGGCUUUGAA